UGGUUCCGCUGGGGAGUCCAGGACCGAUUACCCGCCACGAUUCCUACGACAGCUUAGCUUCCGAUCACAGUGGACAAGAAGAUGAGGAGUGGCUGUCUCAGGUGGAAAUUGUGACUCAUACUGGACCUCACCGGCGCCUCUGGAUGGGCCCACAGUUCCAGUUCAAGACUAUCCAUCCUUCCGGCCAAACCACUGUGAUUUCCUCCAGUUCUUCCGUGCUUCAGUCCCACGGCCCCAGCGACACGCCGCAGCCUCUCCUGGACUUUGACACCGAUGAUUUGGAUCUGGACAGUCUCAGAAUCCAGCCUGUACGUUCUGAGCCUGUUAGCAUGCCAGGAUCGUCAUGCCCGACUACUGAUCUGCGGGGAAGAUCUUCAGCAACUGAUACUACCUCAG